AUGUCAUCUACGGAGACGGAGGAGAAGCCGCCAGCUUCAACGAGUCCGCUACCUCAGUUUGGUGCCAGUGGACGCAAGAUCAUCUACGACAAGGACGGCAAACCGUACGUUUCACAGACACACGGAGGCAUUAUGUGCCUCACAGGGAGACCCAUUUUAAUGCUAACCUAUAUAAACCAGUUGCCGUGCAUGUAACACCUUACUCGAUUUUCAAUUCGCCACGGGCAAAGCAUCCACGCUGAAAAAAACCGCAGCGGUGACCACACCCACGACGACGACAAAGCCCACGCUUCGCCACUAUGCAAAAGAAGACCCACCCGACGUGGGCCAACUAGGCAAAUCGUCAUGGACGCUACUUCACUCGAUAGCAGCGACGUACCCAGAAGAACCAACUACAAAACAGCAACGAGACAUGAAACUGUUUCUUUCGUUAUUUGCUGGUUUUUACCCUUGCUGGUAUUGCGGCGAGGACUUUACCCGGUUUCUCGAAAAGAAUGAGCCUGCUACGCUGAGUCAAGACCAAUUGGGGAAAUGGCUAUGCGAGGCCCACAAUGACGUUAACGUGAAGUUGGGCAAACCCAAGUUUGAUUGUCAGUUUUGGAAACAGAGAUGGAAGGAUGGAUGGGAUGAAGAGUAG